AUGGUUUCUGAGUCUAUUCUGGAUGAUCGCAUAGACGCAUCCGAGUUAGAAAAAUUCCGUGAUAACUAUUUGGCCGAAUGUGCUCGUGGAAACCCAUCUACAGAUAUUAUCUUCGCAUAUGCAUCCGCUCUCGUACGCUCUAACAAAAAGACGAUUCGUGAAGGUGUCAGAAUCCUCAAAUAUCUCAUAGAAAAUGAGUCACGAGAAUCGUACCAAAGAGACUACAUUUACUACCUUUCUUUGGGUUAUGCACACCUUAAUGAUUACGAUCGAGCUCUCGCCUACAUCGAUAUUCUGUUGAAAUCUGAGGAGGAAAAUCACCAAGCCGUUAAUCUGAAAAAAAUCAUUAAGAAGAAGAUGCAUAAACAUGGAUUCAUCGGAGUAGCUAUAUUUGGUGCAUUUUCAGCUGUCGUUGCUGGUGCUGCAAUUGGCAUUGUGAAAGCUGUAAAAAGUUAA